AGGAGCGUCUUGGAUAAAAAGAUCACUAGAAAAGGCACAGAGUUGAAAACCAGCAUAAAGAGGCAGGAGAUAUAAACUAAAACACAGGACGACAUGGACCAACAGUCCAAGAAAGGAAAAAAGGCCUUGGUUUCUCCCAUUAAACGAUUAGUUUCUCUUAAGUCUAUUCGGCGCUCAGCAGUCAGGACCAGCAGCUACCGUCGUCCCCUACACUCCGUUCCAGUGAUGGCCCCGGACUACCUACUGGACCCUCAGAUCCUGCUGCAUGAUUAUGUGGAGAAGGAAGUAAAGUUUUUAGGCCACCUGACUUGGGUCGUUGCCUCUUUGAACCCAUCUAGUCGAGAUGAAAUUUUGCAGCUUCUGGAUACAGCUAGGCAGCUAAAAGAACUCCCACUUCACUGCACCCCCGAGCAGGACAGUAUCCUUAGUAUGUCGGCUCGUAGUCUCUUACUUACCUGGAGAGACAACGAGGAGCUGAUUCUGCGGAUCCCCACUCAUGAGAUUGCUGCCGCCUCAUAUGUUAGGGACGAUUCUCUUCACCUGCUAGUCCUCAAAACAGGGCUUGGAUUGGACCCAGUGCCAGCCACAGGCAGCUUGGAGAGAAAACCACCAGUUGGAAAAGCAGAUAGGAGCCAAGGCGGAGAGAGAGCAGGCACCAAACCAGUAGGGGGUGGUAUGGAGAGGCGUCAUACUAUAUGUAGCUUGGACUGGAAGAUGGCACACAAGUCUUCAGAUGGACGACCCAAAGGUGGAGGUAGCUUGGAGAGGAGCGGUGCAAAACAAGACAGUGGCAGCUGGGAAAAGAGAUGUGGGCGACAGGCCUGCAAUAACUGGGAAAGGAGAAUGACGUUUAGUGGCAGCUGGGAAAGACGCCAACCCUGUGGGGGCAGCUUGGAGAAACGACAGCCCUGUGGGGGCAGCUGGGAGAGACGCCAGCCCUGUGGGGGCAGCUGGGAGAGGAGACCUGCAGGGCAGAACCCAUUAGAUCCAAAGGAGCCCAGUCCAGAUGCUUACUGCAACUUGAUAAUCUUGGCUGUAGAGAAUAGAGACGCCGCAGAGGAAUCAUGUGCUCUCAUCUGUCAGGUUUUCCAGAUCAUCUAUGGAGAUCAGAGCAUUGAAUGUGUGGACAGGGCCGGUUAUCAUUACACAUCACCUCCUGAGAGACCAUGGCUGUCCCACUGUGACAGCUCGCACACCAAUGGGACAUUUUCCUAUGAUGCCGACUUCAGCUGUUGCAGCUCUUUCAAUGGCUCUCACGAUACAUUUGAAGUGCAUUACAGUGGAGAAUCGUCGCCCUCUUUUGCAGUGUCAGAGCAGAGUUUGGCAUCAGGAGCCAGCGACGUGGAUCAGAGUGGAGUACCUCUAGAACAGCUGCAGGAUUACAUGAUAACGUUGAGGAACAAGCUGGCUCCGGUGGAGAUUUACCGCUUUGCUUGUCUUCUACGUGAAUAUCGCCUUGGGAUGGAUGUAAAGGAAUACUGCAGAGAGCUGCUUCAGCUGUAUGGGGAAAACAGGAAAUUCCUUCUACUAGGACUGAGGCCUUUCAUCCCUGACCUGGACAUCGGCUUCUUUGAAGGUUUUCUGGAGAGCAUAGGUAUUCGGGAUGGGGGAAUUUUGACAGACAGUUUUGGAAGGAUCAAGCGCAGUAUGAGUAACACAUCUGCAUCUGCUGUGCGCAACUAUGAUAGCUGCUCGCCGGGAUCACAGUCCCACUGUUUCAACCGCAUGAUCACCGACAUUACCCACAAUAUUGAAGCUCUGGCAAGGGAUGAUGACGAGGAUGGUGAUGAUGAUGACUUCCUCUGAUCACGCUGCUGGGUUAAUGACAACUAUGGGCACUAAUAAAAUACGCUAAAACAG